UAUGUCUUUGCUUACUGCUGUUUCUCGGGCGGGACCCUCAACCCAGAGAGUGCUUUUGUCGCGAGUCGCUCUACCCCAAGCACCAGCGACCAUCGAUACUCCGAGGUUCAAAGCGGCGAAGGCGAAACCAACAGCGAUUGCAGUAGGAGAACCGGGCUACAAAAAGAACAAGGAGAAGAAGAUAAAGAAGAGGAAACCGUUCCCGCUAUUCAAGUCGCUUUCUUUAUCACAAUUGAAGAAUCCCGUCUUCCAAUCUCCGACUCCCGCUCUCCAAUUGGAGCCAUUUACACCGACUACUGCAAUGAAGCAGAACGCUGUUGGCGUGCCAUUGGAAUUCUCGCCUCCCGAAAACGACCCUCUACGUAUUUUCGGCCUGCCAAGAAACCUGCUGGUAGAGUUCCGCCUCCUCAACAAGCCAUGUUCGGUUGUUCGGCAAGUAACGAAGGAUACAUUGCGCAAGCUCAAUGACGCGAGAGGCCAUUCGAGUGCCAGCCACCGUUACGUUCUAGCUGGCCCUUCUGGAUGUGGAAAGAGCUUCCUAAUGCUCCAGGCCAUCGAGCACUGUAUGCAGAAGGAUUGGGUAGUCAUCUACAUCCCCCGAGGCGUGACCCUCGUCAACUCGACAACUGCCUACACGUACGACAUUCGAACACAAACAUACGUCCAGCCUGCCUUUGCCUUCCAGACCCUCCAGCGCAUGCUGACCGUCAAUGAGAAGGCGCUUGCCAAGAUUUCGUUGGUGGAAGAUAUCGUACUUGAGAAGCGGGUCAUCCCGAAAGGCAAGAGCUUGAAGGAUGUUAUCGAAGUUGCGAUAGAGGAGAGGAAGAGGAGCCUUGCACCAUCACCUGCGAUUCUAGAGGGGGUGAUGAAGUCGCUAGAGGCGCAGACUGGCUUCCCUGUCCUCCUGGCCGUCGAUGAGUUCCAAGCUCUCUAUGGCAAGACAGCCUACCGCGACCCCCACUUCUCGCACAUCCACUCCUACCACUUGUCGAUGCCACGUCUCAUCAUGGAAUACGCCUGCGGCAAGCGCCAAUUGAACAAUGGCGUCGUCCUAGGCGCCAUCUCUGCCUCGCAGAGUACGAACCCGCUUCCCUUGGAGCUCCGUGACGCGCUAGAUCUCUCUUCCCUCGACAAGCGCCCCGUCUCCGUGUAUGAUAAGCGUGACAGGGUGCUUGCGGGCUACGCGGAGGGCCUGCAGAAGCUUGAGGUGCCGGCGAAGCUGACGCUCGAGGAGGCGGUUGGCGUGUUCGAGGUGUGGAAGGGCCAGGGAGUGUUUGGAUCGGAGAGGACGUUCUACGACGAGCAACUGCUUGGGAAGUAUACCGAGUCCGGAGGGAAUCCUAGGGAUUUUGUGUGGAAAGGUCUGCUUGCGACCUUAGAUGUGUA